AUGUCUACGCUCCGUGGCUGCAAAGCACGCUUGACCAACGCGAUCAACAAUUUGACGCGGCUGGUCAACUCGGCGAAUUCCAACUACCCAACCGUCUUCCGUUCGGACGCCCACCCGGCAGUACAGCUCCGCACUCUCCAGCGUCGAAUCGAGGACAUGGGAAACGCUAAGAUCUCCAUUGAAAUAGCAUUGGAGACAUUCCAACAGCGCCAUGAACAUGCCAUAAGCUUUAUCGAAAACCAACCGAACGCCAUAGAGCUUAUGGAUGCCUUUGACAUCUACUGGCGCGAUCACAAAGGUGACGAAAUGGAACCAACCGCAACCGCUACCAUCUUUGCCCUAGACGAUCUUAUCCGCAAGGAAACCGAACUUGCGGAUAUGCUUCGCACCACCAUAAGCGCAUCCACCACACCACAAUAUAACCCUACUAACACCACUGAUGAGCCGAUGGAUGUCACAUCCAUCAGAAACCCUACCCUAACACCACCGCAUAUGUCCGGAGGCUCAUCACCACCAUACCCUGCUGCGGAUACCAUGAAUGUACAACUCCGCAAGGUAGAGCUGCCUACCUUUGAUGGGGAUUUCUCCACCUAUUACGAUUUCUGGGCCAAAUUCAAGACCGCGGUCCACGACAAUCCAUCCCUAUCCACCGCUGCCAAAUUUAUCCAUCUUAGUAGCAGCCUUAAAGGUAGCGCCGCACUUGUUGUACAGGGGUACGACAUAACCAAUCCCUCCAACUACCACCUAGCCAUUGAAGCCCUACGCAGACGGUAUGACCGUCCGCAGUUCACCCAUAAUUUCUUUUUGCAGAAAUUAGAGAACUUGCCAGCGUCGUCUGCCGCCGCUUCAUCGCAGAGGGACACGUUAUGCCAGAUCCAAGCAUGUAUCCUGCAGCUCAACCGCUUCGAGGACACGUCAACAUCGCUAUCGCUCAAGAAGCUCAUUCGCAGCAAAUUCCCACGAGAGACUCAGCUGGAAGUGAACAGGAUGGAACACCGGUCAGGUACGAUUUGGAAGAUGCAUGAGUUUCUUGCGGGUAUUGAUGUGUUUAUUCAAGAACUUGAGAAGCUUGACGAUAGCCACUGUCCUCCACUUAGCCACGAUCAACCCUAUUCCGCAUUAUCCACCACAUACCGCAACCGCUCACCAUCUCCAGAACCACUUUAUGAUCCGCAUAGAUGUUGUUUCUGCGGGUCGAGGAGCCAUCGCUCGACCCGCUGCACCACAUCUAUGCAGACCUACGUUCGCCGUAUGAUAGUCCGGAACCUGAACCUCUGUUGGAAAUGUGUCCAACCAGGGCACAUGGCCAACUCUUGCCGGGCUCCGAACUGUCGUUACUGCCAACGUAACCAUCACACCAUACUUUGUUCGUAUUCAUCUGUUUCGCGUUUUUCUCGUGAUAGGUCUAGGCGUUCUAAUGAUAAUCGUCGUAAUAGUCGUAAUAGUGUUCGUUAUGAUCGAUAUACUUAUCGUUCUCCCCGCGGACGGUACCCUUCUAGGGAAUCGUCCCGGGAAAGAAGUUCUUCACGCUAUUCCUCUUCAUCGUACGAUUAUCCCUAUUCACCAUCUAGGCGCCAUCCCCGCGAUAGAGACUACCACCAUCAGUCUCAUCGCAACCAUUCUCCCUAUCGUAGAUCUGAACGUGAUUCAGAGCGAAUGCGCCACCGCAACCAACGCCGCCACUCACCGUCUCCAUCUUCAGCACCUUACGGGGUCAGAUUUCGUGCUAAUCCGCGCGAUAGUCUCUCACCCGUACGCCGCAGAAACCAUUCCAGCCCAGAAUCCAGUAGCCAUGUCGCCGACACGGACGACGAGAUGCGUAACGCUCUUGAUUGCCGUCCGGUCGACGACCCCACCACCCUUACCACCUCAUCCAACCACCAACGCCCUCUUCUUAUGACUGUUAAGGCUCACAUUCGUAAUCCUAAGACGAAGACCCUUGAAACGGUCAACGUCAUGCUGGAUUCAGGAGCCCAAAACAGCUUCAUAAGCAACGCAGCCACUAAGCGCCUAUCCCUUAAACCCUACGACCACAAGCCGCUGACCGUCAUCGGAUUCGGAGGUCAUCGUUCGACCCAAGAAUCCGGUACAGUCGACGCCACCCUCUUAGAUGCCGCAAACAAACCAUUCCCCGUAACCCUACGAACUCAGGAAGUUCUAACUUCCCAGUUCAAACCAUAUCGUCUCAGUAAAGAAGACAAACACGCACUCCGCACAUUCCGCAUUAACCCAGACAGCCUUACCAUCAGUCGCCACGUUACGCCAGAUAUCCUGCUGGGUAUCGACUACUUCUGGGAGGUCCUGAAAAAGGACUCACCGAAGCAGCUACCCUCAGGAUUGAUGCUCAACCAUCUAACCACAUCACCAUCUACACCACAUCGCUCUGAAGACGACAUCACCCGCCUAUGGGACCUCGACCGUUUAGGCAUAACCGAGGAUCCCGAUCCCUCUGUCGACAAGGAAGAGGACGCACGGAUCCUGAAACGUUUUCAGGAUACCGCCCAGGUGAUUGACGGCUACUUGCACGUUCAAUUUCCCUGGAAGUCAUCCCAUCCUCGCCUUGCCGACAACAAAAUGUUAGCCCUUAAGCGUCUUCAGAGCCAAUACCGUUCCUUCCAAACCAAACCAACCCUUUGGAAAACAUAUACCGCAACCUUUACGGACUACCUGGAGCAGGGCAUAAUAGAGGAGGUCGACGAGCACCAGUUCGACGACCACAGAGUCUAUUAUAUCCCGCAUCAGGCAGUCAUAAAGGAAACAUCGGCCACCACUAAAUUGAGAGUCGUGUUCGAUGCGUCCUCCCACUACAGAGGCGCACCGAGCUUAAACGACUGUCUCCACUCUGGCCCCGCAAUCCUACCAGACAUGGUAGGAAUCCUCCUCCGUAGCCGCUUAACACCCUAUCUCCUUAUUGCCGACGUAGAGAAGGCUUUCCUCCAGAUUCGUUUACAACGUAAUCAACGGGAUGCCACUCGUUUCCUUUGGCUUCGCAACCCUAACCUACCACCAACUGCGGAUAAUCUUCGGAUCUUCCGGUUUACCCGCGUACCAUUCGGUAUAACCGCAUCACCAUUCCUUUUAGCCGCAUCCAUACUGUAUUACCUCCAUCUUGAACCAUCGAAGCCGCUCCACAAGGAGAUCGAGGACAACAUCUACGUCGACAACAUCCUUCUUAGUGCCUCGUCCGAGCGACAAGCCAUUAAGAAGUACCGCUCUUCCAAAUCCCUAUUCAACUCCAUGCACAUGAACCUUCGAGAGUUCUUGUGCAACUCCAACACCGUUAACCAGUCCAUAGAGCCAUCUGAUCGAGUCAGGAAUCCAUCCUCCGUGAAGCUCCUUGGUAUUCCCUGGAAUUCACGCACCGACACCCUUCUCAUACCACUUAAAACCGCAUCCGCGAAUGUGUACUCGAAGCGCACAGCGCUCAGUGCAUGUUCAUCCACCUUUGAUCCACUUGGUCUUCUCACACCAUUCUUAGUGCCCUUCAAGGUAUUCAUCCAGGACAUCUGGAAGAAGGAAUACCAGUGGGACACUCCAUUUGACCAAGAGGACCAUCAGCGAUGGGACGAAUUGGUCCAGCAGCUCAAACAUCCGUUGCCACCAAUUCCACGUUUCAUCGCUUCCGCAAACCGCAACACCACUUAUGAGCUCGCAGUCUUUGGAGACGCCUCACAACGUCUCUUUGCCUGUUGUGCUUACCUUAUUAGCCGCUCACCAUCAACCACUUCUUCACAGCUAAUCAUGGCUAAGUCAUUGUUAGCAACGGCUAAACUCCAGAUGACUAUGCCACGAUUAGAGUUGCUCGCAUCCCUAAUAAGUGUGCGUCUAGCACGCUUCCUCCAUCACCAACUCCAUCUUAAAAUCCGCACUAUCCACUUCUUUUCUGACUCGAAGAUAGCGCUCCAUUGGAUCCACUCAUCUCGUCCACUUAAACGGUUCGUUCAGAAUCGAGUGAACGAGAUCCGCACCAUUCUAACCACUUUCCACAAGACAGACGUUCAGACGAAGUUCUACUAUGUGCAGUCAGACUCUAAUCCAGCUGACUGUGCAACUCGUGGACUUUCGACCGCUGACGCUGUCAACCACAUCUGGUGGCAUGGACCAUCUUUCCUUUGUUCUCCACAGUCGGAUUGGCCUAAGGCCGAUACGGACUUUGCCCUACCUCAGGAUCUUUGUCCUGAGGCGGAGCACGAGUUUCAGGCCCUUAGUGUCCUUCCGACACAACCAUAUGAAUCACCACUCCGUUUCCGUGCCACUAGUAGUUACCUUAAGCUCAUCCGUUCAACCGCGUAUGUGCUUAAGUUCAUCAAAGCCCUAUUCCUAAGAACCCGCAUCCGCAAUUACACCCUCAACCUAGCCACUGUUGUACUGUCCAAGGACGUUUCAGCCUCGGAGAUCACCAACGCGGAAACUCUCCUCAUUAUGGAGCAUUACCGCGAGGGCGAAUCCACGUUGAAACGACUACCAUUGGAUAAGUACAACGCUCACCGCGCUGCAGAUGGAUUGAUCCGAUGUCCGAAUCGAUUAGACCAUGCUCGGACUUCGUCUCAGUCAUCUGCACCUAUCCUUCUUAUUCCGGAGCACCACUUUGUCCAUCUUCUCGUUAUGUACCACCACAAAACCAGGUUCCAUUCAGGUGUUCAUGCCACAAUAGCCGCUCUCCGCACAUCAUAUUUCAUCCCUUCCAUCAAAACCACCGUCACCAGAAUCCUUCGGCUCUGCACAGUAUGUAGAAGAGCCCAAGGACACCCUUACCGCUAUCCUGAGAUGCCUAGUCUCCCUCCGGAACGAGUCAACCGCUCUAGACCGUUCCAGAAGGUUGGACUAGACUACUUAGGACCACUUUACUAUAGAGAUCAGCUCCAUUCUCAGGCCAAGAUUUGGAUCUGUCUCUUCACCUGUAUGGCAACCCGCGCUGUACAUCUCGAGUUAGUCCACAACAACACCGCAUUCGAGUUUUUACUCGCCUUUCGCCGUUUCAUUGCUCGCAGAGGCACUCCGGACCUCAUUAUCAGCGACAAUGCCACCACUUUCCGCUCAGCUAACGAUUCCCUACAAAGCACCAUCUAUAACCGCAAAGCCAUAGAAAAGAUAUCCACUCAACUCGCCAACCGCAAGAUCGAAUGGAGGUUCAUCACUCCUCUUUCCCCAUGGAAAGGAGGAUUUUAUGAACGUCUAGUCGGUCUCUUCAAAUCCGCAUUCAAAAAAGCCAUCAAACAUACCCUAUUACCACUUUCGCAAUUUCAGACCCUGGUUGCAGAAAUUGAAGCAGUGCUCAACUCCAGACCACUUUUAUCCAUCAGUGACACAUCAUCUUCACCCCACGUCCUUCGACCAAUAGAUUUCGUCUCACCGCAAGUGGAACUCCAAUUACCAUCUCCGCACCACAACCCUCUCUACAUCCCUCCAAACCGUCUUUCCGAAUGGUACAAGGAGACACUUGCCGUAUUGAACAACUUCUGGGACAUUUGGUACAAGGACUACUUAUCCGCAAUAUCCGCACGUCACCAACACCGUAUCCAUCAAGGAAGGUCCAGUCCACUCAUUCCAUCGGUAGGAGACGUUGUUCUCAUUGCCGAUAAGAAUGUUCCACGUGGACAAUGGCCUUUAGCCAUCAUAACCACUAUCCACCGCACCAAAUCCAACAUACCCAGAUCAGCCACUGUCCGCAUUGCAAACGGUCAUGAGUUGCAGAGAUCGAUCAAUCAACUACAUCCAUUGGAGAUUUCUGCAAAGGAAGACCCACGACCGAAGAAGAGCCGCCAACAACUGCAACCCACACGGAUCCAACCACCACGAGCAGCCAAACGGGUACUAGUUGGGUCCCACUGUCCACCGUCCAUGUAUAGCCACCGUCAUGUCGAGCCGCUGUUGUCGAGCCGCUGUUGUCGAGCCGCUGAACUAUGUAUAGCCGCCAUCAUGUCGAGCCGCUGUUGUCGAGCCGCUGCCGUCAUGCCUCACCACUUAACCCAUGUCGAGCCGCUGAACCCAUGUCAAGUCGUUGUUGUAUACGUCGAGCCGCUGCACAUCGCCGUCUCCUCCUAUUCAACGUCGUCUUCAUGGUCAACCACUUGUCGAGCGAACCAGUACAACACCACGAGUCGUCUACGUCGUCAUCAGGCAAGACCUUUGCCUGCGGGCAUACACCUGCCGUCCUGUAGGGUAGUCUUAGGACAUGUGGCUCACUGUUUCUUCUUCACAAAAAUACCUCACUACAACCUUAUGGAUGCGACAGAAUCGAUUAAAAAGGCACUAGAACCGUUGAAUGGUACACCGUACGGCUACAAGUCGGAGACGAACUAUGACUUCUUCUUCAGAUACCUUUGGAGUAACGUCGUACUUGACUAUCUGAUCUACAAAAGCAAAGGUGUACUCCAUAGUGAACGUGAGAGUCCAUUUCCAACGAAAGAAAUGCGAACCGUUGAAGAGGGGCAGCUAUUAGAUGAAAAAAGCGGAAAUGCCAAUGAUAAGGCACUUAACCGUCACUUCUGUGUACAAACAAAUACGAAUCAACUACCGAACAAUAUCCGUGAAAUAGCUUUAGUCGUGCUCCAAUUUCGUGCUGAAAUCGGUUCCGAAGUGAAUAUCGACGAUAUGAAACAAUAUGAACGCUCUAUCGUGGAUUAUUUUCAAAAAGAAUUCAAAAGCGAUUUGAUCUCAGUGAACGUGCUUACGGAUUCAUUUAUUACAUCAGAAAUUGUUCGAUCUGGUCUAACUCUUCUACCUUUUCUCGUUAUUGGAUUCGUCAUAAUGGCCACUUUCUCUAGUGUAACCUUUUCGAUAAGUGCCACAGCUCUGAAACAGAUGGAUAUCCACAAAAUUACUCUGGCAAUUAUGGCCUGCGUGUGUCCGUUCAUGGCCUGCGGUGCCACUCUUGGUGGGAUGUUUUGGGCUGGAUUUCGAUUCGGCUCCAUUCUCUGUGUCACUCCAUUCCUGGUGCUUGCCAUCGGUGUGGACGAUGCUUACCUUAUGGUGAAUGCUUGGCAAAGGAUCACAUCUCAUCGAAGAAAAAUGCCAAUAGACAAUGUGAACGUCGAAGUACGACGUCGAGUCACAGAGAUGCUGGUGGAGACAGGGCCAUCGGUCUCCAUUACUACUAUAACUAAUGUGUUAGCUUUUGGUAUUGGAGCACUUACGCCUACUCCAGAAAUUCAACUAUUCAGUAUAGGAAAUGCGCUCGCCGUUGUUGUGGACUUUAUUUUCCAGUUGACAAUCUACGCGGCCCUGAUGGCAAUCAUUGGUCGGCGGGAAGUCGAAAAAGAGCUCAUGAACAAACAAUUAGCUUUACAACAAGCAAAACCAGCCGAGAAAAAGAUUGACAUUGAAAAUGAGUCAGCAAAGAAGUCGAGAGUAUUGGACGUUUACUGUAACUUCAUCUCGAACAAAUUUGUCUCCUCUGCUGUCAUUGCGGCCUUAGCAGUAUACUGGUACGUUUCAAUCGUUGGGACACUUAACAUUAAGGCUGAACUUAGUCCAAGUAAGCUGUUUCUGGAAGAUUCAGAUUUGGCAAAAAUCUUUACGGCACGUAAAAAAUUCAUCACACCGUACUAUAGCGUAUGUUGGGUGCUUGUGAAAAAACCUGGUGACAUCUCGAAUAGGACCAAUGCUAGACGGAUACAUCAAUUGGUGGCAGACUUCGAAAAUUUGCCUAGUUCUGUUGGAUCGUACUCCACCAAAUUCUGGUUGAGAGACUAUGAAGAUUUCUUGAGACAAGCUGAAGAACUCGAUGUUCCGGAAGAAUUCGAAGAGCCAGAUACUGCCAUAGAAUUCUCUCAGAAUGGCAGUGCUAGAGUACCGGCAAAGACUGCAGAUGAAGGUGGGAACGAAUUGAAACAAUUCCUAGAAUGGCCAGAAUUCUCGUUCUGGAAAGGAUUUGUUCAACUCGAUAUGAAUGGAACAGGUCAAAACAAGAUUCAGGAACGAUUACAAAGUGACUCGAUUCUUUUCACGACUGCUUUCCAUGGCGAGGAGCUGGUCGAAUGGUCGAAUCGAGCGAUUCUUUUGAAUCAAUGGCGAAGCCUUGCUGACAAGUAUUCGGAUCUUGGAGUUUCGAUUUACGAAGACGACGCUAAGUUUCUGGAUCUAAUCGAGACCAUGGUGCCUGUGUCAACGCAAUCUGCACUGUUCACAUUUAUUUCCAUGUUUGCUGUUGCUGUUUUGUUCAUCUCUCAUCCUCCCACUUUGUUUGUUGCCACCCUCAGCAUCCUUAGCACUAGUAUAGGAGUUUUCGGGAUCAUGUCACUCAGAGGAGCCGAGUUAGACCCUAUCAUGAUGUCGGCCACAGUGAUGAGCAUUGGGUUCUCGGUGGACAUUCCGUCACACAUUGCCUACCACUACUAUCAAACUGGCAAAGAAUCUAAUUGUGUUCGGGAACGGCUUCAAAAGACCGUUGCUGCUGUAGGAUUUCCAAUUAUGCAGGCAUCGAUUUCGACGACAUUAUGUGUGCUCAGCUUAUUUUUCGUAAAGCUGCACAUGUCACAGAUCUUCGCCGAAUGCAUGCUCCUCGUUGUAUUGAUCGGCAUGAUCCAUGGCCUAUUAAUAAUACCUGUGAUCUUCAAUUUGCUCUCAGUAUUCCCAUCUAAGAAUAAGUCCCGAGUAUCAUCUCGAACCUAG